AUGAAAUGUUUAGUUACAGUUGGUACGACAAAGUUUGAUUCUUUAAUAGCAGAGCUAGAGACUGAACGUUUAUUACUUGCCUUACAUGAUUUUGGUGUAGAUGAACUUAUUAUUCAACAUGGUAAUAGUAACUAUAAUUGUGAUAAAGAAUUAGAAAAGAAGUACAAGAUCAAUAUAACUAGUUAUAGAUUUAAAUCUAGCAUUAUUGAAGAUAUAUUGGCUGCAAAUUUUGUGAUAACACAUGCUGGAGCUGGUACAACACUUGAAUGUUUAAAAUUAAAAAAACCAUUUAUAGUUGUGGAGAAUGACACACUUAUGAAUGGUCAUCAAUAUGAGUUGGCAGAAAAAUUACAUGAUCUUGGGAUUUGUAAAUUUACAACACCAUAUGGUUUACCUUUUGUUUUGGAUGAAAGUAUUUUUAAAUGUGGAAAUCAGAUUAUUCCAGUAAAAAAUGAUGGUUUUGAAAGAAGACUUGAUCUUAUAUUUAUGCACAUACAAUAA